AUAACAACCAAUUAGCGGCGAGUGCGCUUGUCGUUUCGUUCUUAUCUUUUAUUUCUCUUACUUUAAUUCUUCUCUGGAAGAAAAGUGUCAACGCACCGUGUUCGUCUGACCGCAAGAGACAAUUGAGUGAAUAUUUCGUGCUUCGGAGAAGAGAGAAGAAAAAUUUCUCUCAUCAUCAUGGGGACCAGAACUUUGCUCAUUGUGUAUUUUCUCCACGCCGUCGCAGCGUGCGGUCAAUGUGCAGAGGCAGCCACCGCUAAAGAAGUGCUCCAGAGUUUCGAGGUUCCCGAACACACGGUCCAGGAAGGAUGUUACUUCUCUGCCGAGUAUCAGGGCGAGUUUGUCAUGCAAGUUGGCGGGGCUGGUUCCAGAGGUUCAGGGAACAUCGGGGAUCCGGUGCCCUACUCCUCGGUCAACAUUACCUUCAAUUCGAUACCCGUGUGGGGAUACUGCCGACGACGAGUUGGCCAGAACGUGCUUUUGGUCAAUAGAUACCUCGACGAUGAGUGUAUACGAUGUUUCCGACUGAUAAGGAGAUCGCGAAACAUAAUCGAAGUAUUCUCGGAGAAUUUGAACAGGUGUUACACUUCCGAGAUUGCCGCGACAGCAUCUUGCGAUACUCUGUACUCCACCGCUAUUUUGUACCGUACUAAGGAAUUCGCUGGACAACCGAUAAGGAAUGAAUAUUGCCCGAUCGAAGGACGCUACCAUUUCACGUACAAUAUAAACGACGGUUCGGAAGAAAAGAUUGAAUGUAACACGUUCUCAUCUGACUUCGGCAAUUGCCCGGACGGAUCGGUGUUUCAUUUGAAAUUCAAACGAUGCUCGUUCGAGAAUCUUGGUAGGGAUGAUUUCAUCAGUCUGUCGAGAAAGGCGUCUCGCGAUCAGAUAAUGAAUAUUACUUUCAAUUGUCUUGGUACUUGGGACGGGCCGAAUGGAUCGAAAUACUUGGCUCUUUUAGACGCGCAAGGAGGCGAAGAACGUCGACCCCAAUAUCGAUGCGGUCUUUAUCAUGUCGAUAAUAAAAAAGGUAAAACCUAUCUGGCAUUCAGCAGCGACUCGAGUUGCACCCAAAACCUUGCAAAUUCAACUAGCGGAUACGAAACUCUCAUACUGAGCAAAGCGACGAACCAAAAAACGGUCCCAGACUAUGUGAGAAAUCAUGUAGCAUUAUUUCCAAAAUGGUCGCACGGGGAGUGGGAACAAUCAUUGAUCGUGAAUGGCACGAUGACGUUUACGGAUACAAAUGGAUACAAAAGUUACACUUUCGUAACUGUCGAUUCGAACGAUCAAAGCGGACGUUACGUCGUCUAUUCAAAGGACCAAUGUGAGGUAGAAGGUUACGUGUGUUUAAUGAUGAAACAACGCAGUGAAAACGUUUUGGAAUUCACCACAGGUACGGCUACAAGUCUUACGUACAAAAGUUAUCUCUGCGACGAUCCGAAUCUCGACAAACCUGUUUGGAUGACACAAUCCAGAAUAGAACGAGUGGUCGAAUCGCCUUGCCCAAUUACGGGCCAGUACACAGGAGUUAUAACCGAUCUUCCUGGAAUGUGUGCAGAGCUGAGCAGUAAUUGCAACACGCGAGAAAUCAUGUAUUACAAAGUCAGUGAUUGUGAUACCGGUGAAUUAUACGAGGAACGCAGUUAUUUGUGCCUUGGACAGUGGGAAGAAAAUGGCGUUAUGUAUACGUACACGAAAAGAAACGACACUAGUACAAACGAGUGCUUCGUUGGACUGAUAGUUAACGACGAAGAAAUCUACAUCAAAGAAGCUGGGGAUCAUUGUAUAAGAAAUAUCGAUCCCAAAAAGCAGGGAAUGCGUCUCUACAAACAAGGACAAUGUUAUGGCAAUUCUCCGAGUCCCGCACCCACGCCGCUUAAGCCAAUUCCACACGAUCCAGUAAUGCGGAUUACUUCUACACCUCAACCAAACAUUGGAGAUAAUACGAUCAACCAAAUUUCAACAACCACAGCUGGAUCCGGAUCUAACAGGAAAACCGCAAUUAACCAACACACUAUGUUCCUAGUUAGCAUUUUAGGGUUAAUUUACCUUAAUAUGUAUUUCUCGAACUCGGAGCGUUGAAGAAUUGCUUUAGAACGGGGAUAUAAAUAUAACGCGACAAGCGAUAUUCUAAUCGCAAUAAAUAGACUCUAAGACUGGACAAUGUUUAGAAGAUCUAUCGACUCUUUUUUUUUUAAGAUAAAAAAAAGGAAAAGAAAA